GUCUCUGUGGGAACGUCACUCUGUGUGUGAGGUGAGUGUGUGAAAAAAGAAAGCGACAAGUAACCGGCGGUGAAGUUCCCUCCUUCCCCCUCCCUCACAAGAAACUGCUGCAGCCAUGUCGGGCCGAUCGGUCAGAGCCGAAACCAGGAGCCGGGCAAAGGAUGACAUCAAACGGGUUAUGGCCGCCAUUGAAAAAGUACGGAAAUGGGAAAAGAAAUGGGUAACCGUUGGGGACACUUCCCUUAGGAUCUACAAAUGGGUGCCUGUGGCAGAACCUAAAGUAGAUGAUAUUGAUUUGAAAGUGACAGAUGAGAACUCUGGACUCCUGAGGCGGACAAAACCCUGUGGAAAAAAAACCAAGAAUAAGAAAAAGUCUAAGGAUGAAAAAUGUGGCUCUGAACUCACUACCCCUGAAAAUAGCUCUUCUCCAGGAAUGAUGGAUAUGCAGGAUGAAAACAGCAACCAGAGUUCCAUAGCGGAUGCCUCACCAGUAAAGCAAGAGAACAGUAGUAAUUGCAGCCCUGCACCUGAGCUGGGCUUACCCUCACAAACAGAUGGCACUGAAGUCAAAUCUGAAGAGGUUCAUUCUAAUGCCAGUGAGCCCCACGAUUCUGAAGUUACUUCAGGACAAAAUUCCCAGUCAUCAGUUGAAAGCUCACUAACCAAUUCAGAGAAAGCGGAUAAUCAAUCCUCUGGGGAUAAAGAAAUAGCUACAGAGGGAUCCAAAAAUUCUCAGGAUUUAGAUGAUGGAGCCCCGCCUUGCAAAAAAGUUAAAGGAGACGGUUCUCAGCAAAACACUGAGACAAACUAGACUUGCUCUAUUUAAAUGUAUUUCUUUGGGUUCAGUUUACUGUAAGGUACAUUGGUUAUCUUAACUAUAGGACAGCCUUACUUGCAUCUUCUCUUGAAAGAGAAAAGGACUUUUUACGGUUUUAACCUACAAAGCAAAAAUCCAACCAUGCCUGGGAAAGGAGACCAGGACUUCAAAGAAACUGAAAAAACUUUUGAGCACUCAAGACUGCCAGUGACUUUGAAGGGGAUUAAGUAAACACUCAGGAGGGUCUACGCACUGUUUUCUGUAGUCAAUUUUACAUGUAUUGCUGCUGUAUAUAUAUAUUUUUUUUCCAUUUCUCUAUUUAACAUGUAUGAUAUUUAAAAUAUGGUACCAAGUUGGUUUUAACCUUCAUGUGAAUUUUUAUUUGUUUUUGCUUUGGUUUUUUGUGCCUUGUGCCCUAGAUUUGAUUUGCAUACCUACCAAUUCACAAUGCCACGGUAAAAUCAAAUAAUUGUAGCAAUGUUAGAAGUGGUAACAAGCCAUUUUCACCUCUGAUAUAACCAUUUUUAUUUCUUUAUUCAUUAUUUGUGGAUGCCUUCAUUUUCAAGACUAUGAUUAUUGUUGAUACAUUCCAAAAUCCGCAUCUGAAACUUGUUUUAAUCUUUGGCAUAUGUUACAGAAAUCAGACUCUUAAAUGUCUCACUUUUGGGAAACUAAAUGUUACAGACCAAUGAUGGUUUACACAACAUUGUGGAUUUCUGUAAACAAAUAUCAAUUUGUGUUUUGCAUUCAGUUCCAAGAUCAAGUGUUAAUCCAAGUAGUAUCAUGUUCUGUAAUAAACGGCUACUUUUUAGUAAA